GAAGAAAAAGAGGAGGAGGAGGAGAGGGGAGGGGUCCCGUCCGUCAACGGGCCCUUCGACGCGGGGCAAGGAUGAGCCUCUUGUCAGCCAUCGAGACCACCGCCGCCUCCGUUUACCAGCCGGCCCAGUUGCUCAACUGGGUUUACCUCUCUUUGCAAGACACCCACCAGGCCAGCGCCUUCGACGCCUUUCGGCCGGAGUCUUCCUCCACGCAGCACCCGGAGCUCAGCUACCCCAGCAAGAGCAACGCCGAGCUGGGCACCUCCUCGCUCAAUUCCAGCUACCUAAACAGCUUCCUCCAGCUGCAGAGGAACGAGGCCUUGAACAGCAGUCUGUAUAAGAGUGCCUCUCCUUAUGGAUCUCUUAAUAACAUUGUGGAUGGCUUGAAUUCCCUUACGGAACAUUUCUCUGACAUUUCCCUAUCAUCAGAUGCCAGAAAGCCAAGCAAGAGACCUCCACCAAACUAUUUGUGCCACCUUUGCUUUAACAAGGGACACUACAUCAAAGACUGCCCACAGGCUCGUCCAAAAGGAGAAGGCUUGACUCCAUAUCAAGGGAAGAAACGCUGCUUUGGAGAAUAUAAGUGCCCCAAAUGCAAGAGAAAAUGGAUGAGUGGGAACUCGUGGGCCAACAUGGGACAAGAAUGUAUCAAGUGCCAUAUCAAUGUUUAUCCUCAUAAGCAGAGACCGUUGGAAAAACCCGAUGGGCUAGACGUGUCGGAUCAAAGCAAAGAACACCCGCAGCAUCUCUGCGAGAAAUGCAAAGUCCUGGGCUACUACUGCCGCCGUGUGCAAUAAAGAAACCCAUGGAGAUUUGGGUCUGCCUCCACAGAUCCUGUGGCAACAGCCAAAAGGGAAGGAGGGGAACCACCGUCGUCCAAGAACCUUCAUCCGUCACCAAUAUUGCCUAACCUAAUCAUAUGCCUUUCCUUUAACUGAAUGUAACACUUUUCCCUGUGUAUGUACGGACUCUGUACUACGGACAUACAACUUGCAUCUAUAGGUCUAUGUGGUGUGAUGCGUAUUCCUUUCUUAAGGGUCUCGCAAAACAAGCCAUGCUUUCAUAUGGGUGGAGACCAACUGACCACUGGCUCUUGCUGGACUAUACCCGCCAUACUCAUGAUGGAUUUCCACUGCUACGGUGGUUUCCACUGAUUGUUUACACAAUUCCAGUAUUCUACCCUAAGUGAUCUAGUGCUGUUUGUCUAGAGAGAUCUGGAACAUAUGCUUGGAUGAAUUAAGGGGUGGGGUGGGGUGGGAUGGGAUCAGGCAGGCAUGACUCAAGAUGCAUUUUAUGGGGGCAGUCUCUAAGUCUAAACGCUAUUGAUAAAUGCUUAUUUUAGCUAAUGCUGCCAACUAGGAUUCUUUAAAGCUAAGGUUUUAGGAGGAAUUAAGGCUGUGGUGCAAAUAUUCAGUUUUCUUGACGGUGGACAUGGUGUGGAAGUUCUACUCGCUUGCUUGCUUUCCAAGAGUCUCGCAGGGCCGCUGAAGAGAGGCUUUUGGUGAGCUUUAGGGUAUUUUUUUUUAAAUCUGAGGGCUGAAAAGAACAAGUGAAUAAUUGUCUGAUGAGUGGUUUUCAUGGAAGCGUGAUGAUGGUCGAACACGUAGAGUGGAACAAGAAUGUGUCUUUUUUGUGUAGCAACUUUAUGCACGUUUAGGUCAAUGGAGGUCCCGCUAAAAUCCAGGAGACCUAUUUGAGAACAAGCUUGCAUAAAUGCACUUAUUUUUAAAGGCUGUUUUUUGUUUGCCCUAACUUCCCAUGUAAUUCUCACCUUUUUCUUCAGCUACCAACGGUGGCUCAAUUUCCUCUCCUCAGGCUGCAUAGGUAGCCAACAAGAGGUGCAUCAUUUUGUCUUCAACAGACAAAGACUUUCUGAAUUCGGUUCCCCCUCUCCACUUGUGCCUGUUUCUCUACCAUCAUUGUCCCCCAAACACAUAAUUUUGGGUGGAGUUUGGCCUGUUCCUCCAUCAACAAUUAAUGGUGGGACCAGCCAGAGUUUCAUCUUUCUUUCAUGCUAUUCUUUCUCACAUGAAUGUUCUCUCAAUGGGUUGGACUGCACGCCCAUAUAAUCCUUGGCCAACUAGGGUGAAGGAAAGUUUGAUACAUUUAGAGAAGAAAGACUGAGAAAUCUUUCUCUCUCUCUCUCUCCCUCUCCCUCUCUCUCUUUCUCUCUCUCUCUCUCUCUCCAUUGAGCCACAUGAGGUUUUAAAAACAUGGUAAGAGAAGUCAACAACCAAUAAGGAGCUGUACAAUGUCGCAUCAGAGCAAAAUACAGUUGGAAGGGACCUUGGAGGUCUUGUAGUCUAACCCCCUAUUCUGGACAAAUGGCUGUUCAAUCUCUCUUGAUCUCUCUCCAGUGAUGGACCUCCCACAAUUUCUGAAGGCAACCUGUUCCACUGAUUUAAUUGUUCUCACUGUCAGGAAAUUUCUCCUUAAUUCUAGGUUAGAUCUCUCUCUGAUAAAUUUCCAUUCAUUAAUUCCUGUCUUGCCUUUAGGUUUUGGGAGAAUAGGUUGUCUCUCUUCUUCGUUCAUCUACAGAUUGCAAUUUAUUUCAAUUCUUGCAUGGUGCCAUGACUUUUAGAACAAUGUCUAAUAAAAAUGUGUCUAGGAUCAAGAUUUAGCCUUCAGUUUAGAACACCCAGAAAUUUAUUGUAGGAGUCUGUUUACACACUUCCGUUGGCCAAGAUCAACUAAAUGAGUAAUCCCAUGGGAUCAUAUCAAAUCCAGUGGAGGUCAAUUGGUACCUUCAGCUGAUGGUCUACUAUGAUGAUUAAGACCUUUUCUUGAUUGCCUCUCGAUGGGAGUCUAUAAUUUCAAUUGGCCCUGAGUUUAGAACACCAGAAAAAGAGGAUAGAUCUUACUUACUGACACAUAAUGCAAUAUGCCAUACGAUAGACCAAAAUUUCAUUUUCAUGAUAAGGUGCCCUGUAGCUCGACAGAAGGAGAGGUGUCCCACUUUGACCUUCCUCAGUACUGAGUGGCAAUUGAUCUCUGAAAAUUGUUUCCAGAGUCCUGUGGAAGUUAAACUAAGGGUAAUUUUUAAUAAGAUAGUUAUUAAAUGAACAACUGGAAAAAGUAUUCUUUUUAACCAUUUUUAAUUCUUAGUAAAGAUAAAUCAAAUCAGAUCUAAUUCUGAUCCUUGGUUUACUUACAGAACAGAACAGAACAGAAUAACAGAAUUGGAAGGGAUUUUGUAAAUCAUCUAGUCCAACCCCCUGCCCAAGUUUUACUGUUUUUAAAAACUCAGUUGCCAUUCUUCCACGCCUAUCUUGGAAGCAUCUCAACCAUGGUUCUUCCUACUUGUCAAGUUUCUGUCCUGAAUAAUAGUUGAGCUUCUUUUUAAAAAAUUACCUUCAUUUAAAAUGCUGUUAAAGCAGCGGUUGAAGUAUUCUAGGUAUCCCCUGUUUGUUUCAAUAGAAAUCUAGUGUUAGGCAUGAAAACCAUACAUUAAAUUGAAGUUAAGAGUCAUUGCUCCAGUCUACAGAUGAGAAUCUAGUCAACACUAAAUUGGCGCUAGAUAAGGUCAAUGGGAUUGGAUUUAGACUGUUUGUGGAAACACAAAGACUGUAGGCCAGGAGUGUCAAACACAAGGUCCAGGGGCCAGAUCCGGCCUGCAGGGUGCUUAGAUCUGGCCCAUGGGGAAAUAACAAAGGACUGGCCCACAGUGCCUCUGCCAGCGAAAAUGGAGCUCAGGAGGGCUGCAUGCGGCCCACCCAAGCUCCAUUUUCGCUGGCAGAGUGUUUCAGGAAGCCGUCACAACCAAAAAUGGGGCUCAGGAGCCCGUUUUCUCUGACAGAGCAUUCGGGGCCACCACAGGUGCCCCCGACAUGAGUGACGUUGAGCUGACCACCCCCGCCCCAGCAUUGCCCACUCUCCCCCACCCCCGAGGUCAAACACAACCCUGAUGCGGCCCGCAAUGAAAUCGAGUUUGACACCCCUGGUCUAGGCUAAUGACUCGCUUAACUCCUGUGUGCUCUUCUACAACUAGGACUGAAUUCCUAGGAUUAGGAAUUCAGAUCAGGGCAAUAUUGAACAGUGAAGUUACAUUAUUCAAAAUCAACCAAGACCAUUGCCAGAUCAUCAAGAAGAGUAAUACCAUGCUCUGUACUGCAGAUGGCAAGUAAACAGAGGUGCUUUGCAUCUGGAAGAGUUUCAAGAUACUGGUAGGACCUUAGAGAACUGGAUGACCUGCCGUAUUUUGCCAAACUACAAGAGUUCAGCAAUGUAAGAAUUACAGGGUAAGGGUCUACAAAGCAGGGAGAUAUUUGACAGAUCUAGCUACUCCUCUCUACCUAUUCUUAGUCUCUUUCUAUAAAUUCCAGGUCAACCCAUACCUUUCUGCCAUAGAACUUAAGGAGCAGUGUUCAAAUGUAGCCUGUUCCAGCUAUUUCCAAAUAUUCUCCAGAGAUAUGAGACCCUCCGAGCCAGCAUUAUACCAAUGGCUUGAUAGAUUGGACUUGUUGGAGAUGUUUGUCUAGCACAUUUGGGGGAGAAAAAAAUCUUGACAAAUGUUGCCAACACCAAGAAUUCUUUUAAUAUAAAUUUAUAUUAAUUAAAUUAAAUUAAAUUUUCCAGAUGUACAGUAGUGGCCAAAAUUGUGGAAACCUUUGGGGGAAAGUGUAUUUUCUAAAACUAGCUAAUAACACCAUUUUUGGGGGGAGUAUGAUCAUAAAAUUAUAAAUCAGUGAAAAGAUAAUUUAAUCAAGAAUGUAAUGCAAUAACUUUUAUGAAGGAUUUGCUAUUAGAAUAGCAGUUACAGUAUAUAGAAGAAAAGUGAAACACUUUUCUUCAUGUAGAAAAAAUGAGAUAUACAAAAAUUAUCACCAUGUCAGUUAAUAGUUGGGUAACCUUUAGCAUGAAUUAUGGCCUUACAACCUCUUCCCAUGGAGUGAACCAAGUCUUUUAGUUCUGUAGCUAUUCUAAUGUGAAACCAAGAUUGAAUGAUUCUAUUCUAUUAACUGGGUUUUAUUGCUGGGUCACUUCUGACUAACAAGUUUCUUUAGUCUGCUCCAUAGAUUUUCAACUGGGUUAAGGUCUGGGCUAUUCCCAGGCCAUGCCAGCAGUGGAAUAGGAUCAUCUUGAAACUCAAAAAAAAAAAAAAAAGUGGUGCUAUUAGCCAUCAAACCUCAAAAAUACACUUUUCCCAAAAGGUUUCCACAAUUUUAGCCACGACUGUACAUGGAACACAUACACCUUACAAUUUCUCGUGAACCAUGUUUCCUUCUUCAAACCAGUGGGGAAUUCCUGUAUCUUAAUAUAAAUAUUUCCAGCAUCUUGUUGUACAGUAAUGGAGUGAACUUCCUAAUUUAGAAAAGUCGCUAAAUCUGUUUAGGCUUCUAUGGAAACCAGGUGCAUCUCUUUAUGGGGGUAUUAUGAACCUUAUUAAUCUGCUUUAAGCCAUAGGUAGAAAGCGAUUUUAUUUUUUAUUUUUUUAGCUUCAAGUAAAUUUUCUUGACACAGUUAGAUAAAAUUCAUUAGCAGUUGGGUCAUCAUUUGUAUUGGAUCCAAUGGUUGUUUGGAAACAACUCCUUUAAAUCCCAUUAUUGUCAGUGGGUUUAUUAUAAAAAUGAAUAAGCAUAGAUGAAUCCAUGAUUAGGACCAUUUCUGGAUCAGUUUUUGUUUACAUAGCAACUCCUCUGAAUUAACCAAGCUGAAAGCUUUCCUCUGCAUUGUUUACAUGAUUAAGGACUCAAUUAAUUGAGUCCAAAAAAAGAAAAUCAAGAUUAAUGGUAUUAUAACAUGUGUUAAGAAAAAGAUAUAAACCAGAGAAUCUGGAUAAUUACGCUGUUUCCCUGAAAAUAAGACACCCCCUGAUAAAAAGCCCAAUCGCGCUUUUGAGCGCAUGCGCUAAAAUAAACCACCCCCUGAAAAUAAGCCCUCCCUCAAAAUAUUUAACUGCAUGCACAGCCGGUCCCCACCAUUUCUUCUGGUUAGGGUUAGGGAGACAGAGCUAGAAAUUAGGUAAGAUGGCAAGAGGAGCCCCGUCUUGCUCCACACGCCCCAAAAUAAUAUGACCUCCCUGAAAAUAAGGCCAAGCACUUCUUUCGGGGUUCAGAAAAAUUCUAAGACAGGGUCUUAUUUUCAGGAAAACACUUUCUAGCAUUGUGUUAUUAUCCAGAGCAGGAAGAAUGCAAGUGAUGGCUUUUGAAGACUUGAACUUGAGCGUUAAAGUUCGUUCGUUUUUCUUUUUAAAGUAGGAGUAAGAAUUGAAUAAUAGGAGAAAUACAAUACAAAUAGCCUUAUAUUAAACCAGCUGCAGGUUUUGUUAUUGGUGUUAUUGUUGUUGUUUGAGCACUUAUAAAAUAUUAACCAAAAUCUUCCUAGUUGUUGUCAUACCUGCCUACGUAAAAUUCCCCAAAAGUAUAUUAGGAGAACAAAAUGUAGAUAAGAUUAUUAUUAUUUUUUUUCAACUGAUGUUAAAAAAUGAAGGCCAGUUGAGCACAAUUCAUUUUAAAUGGCAGGCGAUUGUUCUUAAUUUCCUUAAGAGAAUAACAGAGUUGGAACGGACCGUGGAGGUCUUCUAGUCCAGCCCCUUGCUCAAGCAGGAGAUCCUAUCAUUGCAUGAUCUCUGCGAUGGAAAGUCCAGCCCAAGCCAUUUCAUGUAGGUUUAAUAUGUUAUGCUCAGUGGUGGGAUACUGCUGGUUUAACAACCGGUUCAGUGAGCAUGCGCACAUGCCUAAGGCACUUGUGUGCAGCGCUGAAAAUGGAGCAUUCAGAAGCUCAGCUGCUUAUCUUCCAAGUCAGUAACAGUAAGUAGAACAGCAAGGGGGAGAAAUCAGCUGUGCCGUGCAAUUGAGAUGAGCUCGAAAGCAGGAAAUAAAGGACAGGAUAGGUUGGGAGCGGAUGGGCGGGGCCAGCUGAUCAUUGGAGCUACCGGUUCGCCCAAACCGGUCUGAACCGGCUGCAUACUAUCUCUGGUUAUACUAAAAGAGCUCUUCUGGAUAGGAUUCUGCAAUUCGAUUAAGGUCAGUGGCAGGCAGAACUCAGAAUGUAUGUUUUGUGCAUGUGAGACUCUAGGAAACACCCUGACUUUAAAGACAGCUGAGAAAAGAACUCUUAUCAAGUUCAUUGAUAGCAAGAAUUAAUAGCAGCACUGUUGAUGGAACAAACCAGUUGUGUACGGUAUGAUUUUGAGUUUCUGUCGAGACCAUAAAAGGGUUGAUUUUAAACCAGAUUGUGAAGUUUUUCAUUCAGGGUUGCAAAUGACCCACCUGAAAGAGCAGAGGGGAUCCCCUGCAGUGGGGCAAGUGACGUCCUAUGUGCCUUAUAUUGAAUUCCUCUAUCAACCUUGUGACACUGCAAUUCAACAGCGAGUAGAUUCUAAUUCAGCCUUCUAAGAAUAUUUCAUGCCACAUCAUCUUGUAAGACAAGGUUGUGCCUGGCUUCUGGGGCUGUGAACUGGGACUGGGCCGCAGCAUGCCAGAAACCGGGCCACACAAGCAAGCAAAGCCCCAUCCGUGGGAUGCAGGCACACCCCCUCCAGUCCAUGGGAAAACUUCUGUCCAUGGAACCGGUCCCCUAGUGCCCAAAAGGGUUGGGGGGCCGCUGUUUAUAAGACAUGAUUUUAUAUCUAGCCAAAAUUUCAGUGCUCUUUCCUUUCAUGUCUGCGAAAAAAAAACCACUGCCUCUAGAAAUAUUUCUGUGUGAUUGUAGCACUGAUUGAGCCUGACCGAUGUGGUUAACUGAACAAAAUGAAGGCUUGUGUUUUUUUUUUUCUUAGGAUAAUUGUCAAAAGGGACAAUCGUGUGCAGUUCAUAAAUGUAGUCCAUGGAUAUUAAUGUUUACUCUCCCUUGUUAUGAAAUAUUUUACAGUUUUACUUGCCGAAGUGUAUUUAUCUUGAGUUAUACUUGACAUAGUGUUCCUCUCCAUUUUUUUUUUUUUUUAAUACUGUGUGUGUAUUUUGGAGAACUUUUUAGAUGUUUAAAAUUUUUGAAUGGUUACAAAUAUUUCUUUGUAAUACUGAAUUGUUAUUGGAAAACUUUGCAGUAACCUUUCUGUAUAUAUUUGAGGGUCUUUUAAAAUUACUAUUGUUAGUUUUGCUUGAGGCUUUUUUUAAAAGUGUUUUUACAACUCUGAAGCUUUCAGAAAGCGAUCUUAGUUUUCUAUACUAUGAUACUAACAGAGCUAAGAGUUUUCUUAAGUAUUAUACAAAAUUAAGGGUGUAUCCUCAAGAAAAUAUUUAUGGAAGGAAUUUUUUUUCUUUUCUUUUUUUUUUUACCGUGCCUUUGUCUGUAUAAAAUAUGCAACCGAGCUACAUUAAGAAGGAAAUAUUGUCUACAUAGAAUAUUAUAUGAAAGUUGAUACAUAAUUCUGACAAGAAAAUGAAGCCUUGCAAUUCUUUUAAGCCAUAUUGUUCUUCUUAUUGCUUGUAUUUGGAUGAAAAUAUCAGUAUUAAGUAACCAGUGUAUUAUUUGGGUGUUUAGAACUUAUAUUAAUAUGCUUAUUCGAUUUAUUUAUAUGUGUAUUAUGGAAAGUAUUAUUGCCUUUUUAGAAAAGCUAGGACUGAUUUUGUAAGAAUCAGGUUGUUGGAGUUAACUUUUUCCACUUAAUGGCCUUGAGUGAAACACACUAACAAUCCAGACCUAAGACAAGCAUUUGGGCUGGGCCUAAUGACUGCCACAUCUGCCCAUUGUCAGCAGAAACUCUAGUGCAAAGAUAAGCACUGAAGCGUAAAUGCUCUAUGGAUAUUUUUCACACAUUCCACUUAAACACACACCUAGGAACUUUCUGUUAAAAAACAACAACAAUAUUCAUUUCUGUUAGAAAUUUUGUUUAUAUAUAGCACCACAAAGCAGUAAAGCACAGUCACCAUGUGUUUUACUGCUCAGCUGUUCAACUGUAACAGGAAACAGGAAACUCUUACUUAGAGCAUAGAUUAUAUAGCAUAGAUCCAAACUUGUAAACACUGCCAUCUACUGGCUGAAUACUACUGUAGUUGUUGCAUAGACAUACAUUCCAACAAUGAAUUCCAACAAUUUUCAUAUCUGAAGGGUCAAUUUUUGGAAAGUAAAAAGGACAUACAUGAACCAGAUUGGUCUGUUAGGCAGUUAAGCAUCAUUCUUCGUGGCAUGUGCUCUCUCUUGAGGAGAACUCCAGGUGUCUUGUGGUGUAAGGUGUGAAAUGAUCCAAAGAGUUGCUGUUUCUGAAAUGCUAUAGUAUGGUUGGAUGUGUGUGUGUGUGUUUUUUUUUUUUAUACUGCAUCUUAGAGGUGAGCAGGGUACACCUUGCCCUACCCAACGAUGCUGAAAACCGUUGAAGAAACAUUUCACUGAGGUCUGGAAAGCAAUAAGGCUGGCGUUAAAGCAAUGCACUCAGUCAUUGGCUGCAAACCGGGAAAGGGUUGCGGUGAUAUAAGCAUUUUGUGUUUAUUUUUAUUUAGAAUGCAUAACGUGAUACAGUAUGCAUGUUAGAAUCAUGUAUAUUAUAUGCAUCUUAUUCUUUACGGUUUCCCAUAGUUCCGUUAUAUUAAGAUUGUUUGUUUGUUUGUUUGUUUUAAACCCUGUUUAAAACGAGCUCAGGCCCGCACUGAGCUCUUAAUAUCUCUUACAAAAGUUAUUUAGAGCAGCAAACUACAAUAUAUGAAACUAAUGUUGUUAUAUUAAUUUCUGCCAAUUUCAAUUAGUUUAAUUACUUACUUUAAAAAAAAAUUCUAGCUGUACUCAUUUGAGUUCUUAGUUGUAUAAUUUUUCUCUUCUUUAACUGGUCGUUAACUUGUACAGCUUUUUUUUUUUUUAAAUGAAGAAAAUAAUAACUUUUCUAUGGACAUGGGCCUCAGAGAAGACAGGCUUAGCUCAGCCACCAAAGUGACAACUUGACUAUAAAAAGGGUAGCGGACAAGACUGUCAAAAUUCUGCUGUGGAUUGUCCAUAAAAUGGCAUUCCGACAUGUGCCUUAAUUGCUGGAUAGUAUUAGCUUGUCUUUAGUGUUAUGACAGUUUUAAUGCUGUAUUAAAAUACUGCAAACAAACAAGGAA